AUGAAGCGGGAACAACAGCAGACGCGUCUUCGUCGCGUUUUCAUCCGCCUCACGGCGGCCAAGAUCUACUACACCAAUCUGCCUGCGAAGGACUUCGACACACAUGCACACGAUAUGAGGCUUCUGUGGAAACUUUUCAGAGACAACGGCUAUCUACGAGCGUUUAUUGAGCGGAAUCGCAUGGCACAAAAGGGCGGCACGAAGAGCACUGACAGCUGA